AUGGAUUCUACGAAUCCAUAUAGUCAUCAGAACUCGUGUUUUGUUGACCUUUUGAGCAGUCAACAAGAGCCGUUUCGUUAUGAGGGUUUAUCGCGCCUCCCUAUCUUUAAUAGUCAGUCUACUGCAACUUCAACCUUCGGUGAAGACACACCUACCGAGCGCAAAGAAAGAAAGAAAUGGACUCCCACAGAGGAUGUAGUGCUCAUAAGCUCAUGGUUGAACACGAGCAAGGAUCCCGUGGUAGGCAAUGAGCAAAAGGCGGGAGCUUUCUGGAAACGAAUAGCAGCUUACUAUGCAGCCUCACCAAAGGCUGCAACAAGACAGAAAACAAGUGGGCAGAACGACAGUGAUGUUGUUAAACUUGCACACGAAAUCUUUUAUAACGAUCACAAGAUCAAAUUCAACCUUCACCACGCAUGGGAGGAGUUGCUAAACGAACAGAAAUGGUGUGAACUUGCAACUACUAAGCUUGAUGGUAGCUCUAAAAAGAGAUGGUGUGAGGAUGGUGCACAAUCUGAAAGCUCUCAAGGAACUAUCAAUCUAGAUGAUCCACCCACCAAACGUCCUGUUGGUGUUAAGGCAGCUAAAGGAGGAAGUAGUAAGAGAAGUAUGGAGGAUGGCAAAGCUCUCUCCGAGUUCCAGACCAUGUGGUCUCUCAAAGAGAAAGACUUGACAUGCAAGGAAAGACUGUCCAAGCUGGGUCUGCUAGACAGACUCAUUGCAAAAACAGAGCCAUUAUCUGAAGAAGAAGUAACUCUAAAGAAGAAGUUAAUCACGGAAAUGUUGGCUAAUUAG